AGAGCUGAGGGACCAUGAGCCACUUGCAGAAUUUACUGUUAGAUACCCUCCUGGGGACGAAGCAUGUGGACAGUGCAGCCCUCAUCAAACUUCAGGAGAGGAGCCUGUGUGUCGCAUCACCAGGAUUUAGUGUAAUGCCGAGUGAUGUCGGAACACUUGUGAAUGGAUUUGCUAAAAACCCUUUGCAAACCCGAAGGGAAGGAUUGUAUUUCAAGGAAAUGGAUUACAAAUGUGUACGGUCAGAUGACUAUUCUCUUUAUGCUAAGAAUGAGAACAAUGGUUUGGUUGUUGUGAAAACCCAUCUGUAUCUCCUGGUGGCCACUUACACUGCAGGCAUGUAUCCUAGCAUCUGUGUGGAAGCCACAGAGAAGCUGGGAGAAUAUCUAAGAAAAAAAGGAAAUUAAGUCAUCAGAGGACUAUGGAAGAC